ACACCUCUUUCAGCGCGCCGGGCCUAUUAUUCGAGGCACACUGCGAAUAUGGUGCUCUCAUUCAUCCUUAUACAAAAUCGGCAGGGAAAGACACGGCUAGCAAAGUGGUAUGCGCCGUAUAGUGAUGAUGAAAAGGUCAAGCUGAAGGGCGAGGUGCAUCGCCUAAUCGCACCGCGAGACCAAAAGCACCAGUCCAACUUUGUCGAGUUCCGCAACAUGUCCAAGAUCGUGUACCGUCGAUAUGCCGGCCUCUUCUUCUGCGCGUGUGUUGAUACAAACGAUAACGAGCUGGCGUACCUGGAGGCUAUACAUUUCUUCGUCGAGGUGCUCGAUGCCUUCUUUGGGAAUGUGUGUGAGCUGGACUUGGUAUUCAACUUUUACAAGGUCUAUGCAAUCCUUGAUGAGGUGUUCCUUGCAGGCGAGAUUGAAGAGACGAGCAAACAGGUCGUAUUGACGCGACUGGCGCAUCUCGAUAAGCUGGAAUAAAAGACAAGAUUCGAGGAAUUCGGCAAGUCUUUUUCUUUCGCUUGAACCGGAAUUGUGACGGUUAUCAGAACUGGGGUUGUGGAAAGCCAGACAGGAUCACGAAGAAGAGCGGGAGCACCCGUGGAUACCGAAGAUCCAUAGCCAUGGUGCAAGAAGACAAUACACUUGGUCUGGCUCCCGUGGAUAAUGAAGCGUGACGCAAUCGCAUGGGACGAUGCUUUUUGGCAAACCUAAAUGCAUGGUAGCUUGAGGGUUCCCGCAUACCCGUAGAAUACUAUCACGUCAUUCUAUUGGAGCACUCGGUAUCGCUUCUCUUCCGGUAAUUAAUUAAAAUCGUCUGCAUGGU